UCAGUCUCCAAAGUUGAUAUUUAAGCAUGUCGCGGCUCUAGCUUUCCAACCGCCCUCGACUUCCUCUUCGACGGAACUCCGUAGUCUGCGGCUUCCGACCGUGGAUCUAUCUUCUGCAAACCAUGGGCAGAAUGUCCAGUUGGCUCGACGGCUUUCGGUUUGGUAAAGAUCCUUGGGAUCCUUCCCAUCGAUUCGAGACCUCGUGGCUGCUUUCCCCAUGGCUGCUCUUCGCAUUCCGUGCGUUAUUCUGUCUCUUCAUCUUUACUAGCCGCUUCUUCAUCAUCGGCUGGACCUGCACCCACGCAGAAGAAGGUGGAUGCUACGAUAUCGUCAUCUCCUUCGCCUACUUCACCGUCCUCACAUUCUGGGGUCUGGGCUUCUACUUCGCCUUCGCCGCCCUGCACACCUUCACCUACGCCCGCACCGGCCGACCCCUCCUCGACGCCUUCCCGCGCCCGUUGCAGGCCCUGCACGCCCUCUUCUACUCCUCCAUCGCCGUCUUGCCCAUCAUCGUCACCGUCGUCUACUGGGCCGUCUUGUGGGGUCCAGACAGCUCCUUCGCCUCCGUCUUUGCCGCCUACUCCAGCCACGCCCAGCACUCCGCCAACCUCGCCAUGGCCCUUUUCGAGAUCCUCAUACCACGCACUGCCCACGCCCAGCUCCUCCCCGUCCACAUGCUCUGGCUCAUCGUCCUACUCGCUCUCUACCUCGCUCUCGCCUACCUCUUCCACGCCAUCCAUGGAUUCUAUCCCUACUUCUUCCUCGACCCGGAAGCGAACGGCCGUGGUAUACUCGUUGGCUUCAUCUUUGGUAUCGCCGUCGGAUGCCUCGUCGUUUUCGGUCUCGUCAAGGGCCUGAUCUGGAUCCGCCAGCGCUUGACUGAGGGCGUGCUGCGCAUGGACGGCAAGUUUGCCCGUGCCUCGGCCUCGGGUCCCGAUUCGAGUGCCGAGAUGGGUGCUGCCCAUCGGAACGGCAAGGUUGAGCCGCAGGCGGCAUGACUCGAAAGGAGACGACGCAGAGGUGAAUUUUAGGAUGAGGAUAUUUGGACUGGGAGAAUCGGAUAUUUCGACUGGAACAACUGGAUAUUUCCACUGGGGUCCAGGUUUUAACAGCUACGAUAACUGCCACACCUAACAAUUAAUACGCAGAAUCUGCCUACCAUAACGGCGACCGUUGCUACGGCCUGCUAGUCAGGUGUGGCGCCUGCCGGCACCUAGACUCCAGUCAGCAUAUCCGGUUGCCCCAGUCCGACCAUCCUCACCCUUAAUUUAAGGUUCCAUGAAAGGCACCAGAAUUGUUGCGCCCCCUUGAAAAUAACGGCAUUUCCAUCAAUAUAUACAUGUAUUCUACAGUGCGCCUGCGGGAACAAGUGGACAAGGAUGUAAAUGCAAACUCUUAUGAUAGUAAUGGAUACCUAAUGACUGCUCUUUUC